AUGACGACAGGUGAAAAAGAGGAACCGAUUAUUGAAACGCCGAUUCCUGAUCCAUCCUUUAUUCUUGAAACACCGAUGAAAUGGGAAAUUGUGGAAAAGGAUUUGCAAAAGCACUUCAACACCGAUGCAAAAUUUGGCGUUAACAAAAGUGCGCAAAAGUUUGGGGUGAACCAGGGAUAUGUUUCGAAAAUAGCACUCGUUGAUUUCGAUUGGACAAAAGAUCAAGAGCGGCUCCCAAAAAAGGGAAUCAUAAAGAUCACUGAUGUGUCUGGGCUUCGUGACAUGUGCGAAUUAGUGCUACAGAAAAAGUUUGAAGAUGUGGAGAAACAAGCGGCUGAAAUUCAUGACAAUGAAAUGAAGAUCUAUUUGCUGAUGAGAGACCAAUGGAAAUGCGAUCGUGAGCUCCGAAUGCCGCUUUUUUACAGUGGACGAGCUUUUGGUGAAGAUGGCGUUAAAGCUGGAUAUAUUGCAUUGGAGUUUAUCGAUGGGGGAAUCGUUCGUCACGUCUAUCACAAUGUUCAGUUGGAAUCUUGCGAAGAUGUUUUCAGGAUUUUAGCUAAACUAGGAGCAAAAGGUCUUCGAGAUCAAAAAACUGUCGAAGAAUAUAAACUCGAGUUUAUUGUCCAAAUGUUUAAAGACGCUUUUUCUGUUGAGAAAGUACGAGCCGGUCUCCCAUCGCUCACCAAGUAUGCCCCCAACAUGGAGCAACAUCUCGAUUUCAUCUCCACAAAGCUCGAAGCUCUCGCUGAUAUGGAUAAUUAUCAGAAACUUCUAGAUGAAAGUUGUCCAAUCAAAAUGCUCUGUCAUGGGGAUCUUUGGACAGCGAAUGUGAUUUGGGAGAAAGAUCAAAACGGACUUUAUCGCCUCAAAAAGCUCAUCGAUUGGCAGCUGCCUCACGCCGGAUCUCCGGUCGGAGACAUUGUGCGCUUUUUGAAUAGCGCUUUAUCGGGAAAGGUGAAGCAUGAAAACCGACAUCGUCUUAUCCAACUUUAUUACGAUACAUUGGUGGCUGAGUGUGGGGACGAGGUGAAAGUGCCAUUUACUGUAGAAAUGUUGAACGAAGGCUACGAAAAAUUGAUUCCAAUUGUCACGAUUCCUGUGCUUCCAUUUUUUGCUGGAAUGAUCGAGAUGAUAUUGAAAACUGUGCCCGAAGACGAAAAACAAGAAGCCGAAGAGGUUUUCCUUGACAAACUUCGGACCUCAAUUGAAGAAGCCGUUGAAUACACCAGGAAAUGGUAC